AUGGCUGAGGACGUGGUGGUGACAACAACCCUGCAGGAGGGAUUGCUCUGGGCCUUGAGUGACCUUGAAGACAAUAACUUCGAGCUAUUAAAGUUCCACUUACGGGAUGGAACCCUGCUCAAGGGCCAGCGCCACCCGGCCCCAGGGGAGCUGGAGGGCCUGAGUCAGGUGGACCUGGCUUUGCAGUUGAUACUGUAUGGAGCCCAGGAGGCUGUGAAAGUGGUGCUCAAGGUCUUGAUGGUGCUGAACCUGUUGGAGGAACCAGUGGACUGGUGCCCGCUAGAGGGUGGGGCGGGCAUGCCGCCUAAACAGCCCCUAUCCCUGCUCGUGGGUUCCCCGGGGAGGACAGAGGGUCUGUGGUCCCUGUGCUCCGUCCACAGGCUCCUUUCCGCAGAUUACAGAGAAAUGUACCGAGAGCACAUGUGCCACUUAGAGGCGCGGCAAGAAGGGGGCGUCAGUGGCUACAACCAGCAGCUUGGGGUGGCCACCCCCAGCUCAGGGAGCCCAGCGUCAUCUGCCCGCCGCAGGCUGCAGCAGGAGCUGGACGCUGUCACAGUGGGGGCUCUGUUUGAUCCGGGGGAAGAGCCCUCCCAGGCCCCACCCACAGUGGUGCUACGGGGGUUGGCUGGCAUGGGAAAGACAACACUGGCCAGAAAAAUGGUGCUGGACUGGGCCACUGGCACCCUGUACCCAUGCUGGUUUGAUGAUGUCUUUUAUGUGAGCUGCAGAGAAGUGGUCCUACUGCCGGAGGGUAAACAGGACCCGCUCCUCUUCUGGUGUUGUGGUGAAAAUCAAGCGUUGGUCACAGAGAUUCUGAGGCAGCUGGAGCGGCUCCUGUUCAUCCUGGGUGACUGUGAUGAGCUGCAGAAGCGCUUUGCAGGGAGGUUGAAGAGGCUGAGGUCCAGUCCCAUGGCGGAUGUGCUGCACCUUCUAAUCAGGAGGACGGUACUUCCUGGGUCGUCCCUUCUCAUCACCACCCGGGCCCUGGCUUUGUGGAAUCUGGAGUCUUUGCUGUGACAAUCACCAUGUUCACCCUCAGAGAAGCCUGAGAGGAGGAGAUAUUUCAGCUGCUAUUUCACAGUUGAGGAACAAGUGAGAAAUGCCCUUGACGUUGUGCAAGGAAAUGACGUUCUCUACAAAGCAUGUCAGGUUCUAGGCAUUUGCUGGGUGGUCUCCUGGCUGAAGGGGCAGAUGGAGAGAGGCAGAGAGGUCUUGGAGAUGCCCAGUAACAGCACUGAUAGCUUCAUGGCCUACGUCACCGACAUCUUCAUGGCCUACGUCACCACAUUUCCUGCCUCUAUCUGGGGGAAGAGGACCAGCACCCGCUGGUGGAAGAGUCCUGCAGAGAACUGA